CAAGAAACAUAAAGAGUGCUUUUUGAGGCUUAAACACACAAAACCAUAAAAUGGCAUUCUCGAAAGGACUCGUUUUCGCUAUGGUAAUUGCGAUUUUUGCGAUAGUUAAGCCCUCGGAAGGUGCUCUUAAUGCUCACUACUAUGACCGGUCGUGCCCCGCUGCUGAGAAAAUCAUACUUGAAACUGUUAGGAAUGCUACUUUGUAUGAUCCCAAAGUGCCUGCUCGUCUCCUAAGAAUGUUCUUUCACGACUGUUUCAUCAGGGGAUGUGAUGCUUCCAUUCUACUUGAUUCGACUCGGUCAAACCAAGCUGAGAAGGAUGGUCCUCCUAACAUCUCCGUACGUUCGUUUUAUGUGAUCGAAGAUGCUAAGAGAAAGCUCGAGAAGGCUUGUCCUCGUACUGUUUCUUGUGCCGAUGUAAUCGCCAUUGCAGCCAGAGAUGUGGUUACCCUGUCCGGUGGUCCUUACUGGAGCGUACUAAAAGGGCGAAAAGACGGGACAGUUUCGCGAGCCAACGAGACUAGAAAUCUCCCACCACCAACGUUCAACGUGUCACAACUGAUCCAAAGCUUUGCAGCAAGAGGCUUGUCGGUGAAAGACAUGGUUACGCUCUCAGGUGGCCACACCAUAGGGUUCUCUCACUGUUCUUCUUUCGAGUCCCGUCUUCAAAACUUCAGCAAAUUCCAGGACAUUGAUCCUUCGAUGAACUAUGCAUUUGCACAAACCCUGAAAAAGAAAUGCCCAAGAUCAUCUAACCGAGGCAAGAACGCAGGGACAGUCUUGGACUCUACAGCCUCUGUUUUCGAUAAUGUUUACUACAAGCUGAUUUUGUCAGGGAAAGGAGUGUUUGGGUCUGAUCAGGCGCUUCUUGGGGAUUCCAGGACUAAGUGGAUCGUUGAGACGUAUGCUCAAGACCAAAAAGCAUUCUUUAGAGAGUUUGCAGCUUCUAUGGUGAAACUUGGAAACGUUGGAGUCAAGGAGACCGGACAAGUGAGAAUUUACACGCGUUUCGCCAACUAAAAGCAUAACACUAACAAGCAACCAAAUGAGAGUUUUCUUUUCUUCAAAUUUGAUUUCAUUUAUACACAUAUACUAAUAAUGUAGACUGGCCAGUUUAUUGAUCAGUUUUCAAACCUUCUGAUUCUCUAUUGAGUUUGCAGAGAUGCUUUAAAAGUAAAUUUGUUCUGAUUCAA